GCUUUUGCAGGCGGUCCUGGUUGCCGGGGUUACACGUGUGCCCCUGCUUUCCGUGUUCCCCGGGUUUCAGGGGUUCCUGGCCCCGGACCCUCCGUUGCCAUGGCCAUGGCCAUGCCCAUUGCCUGGGCCUCGACUUUGUUUGUAAACAUUUCACGUUCAUCGCUGGCCCGCAAAUAUUUCGCUGCUGCUCCUACUACUGCUGCUGCUGCUGCUGCUGCUGUGCAAACUUUUGCCAUCCGAGCUGUUGGUUUUGCUUUCCUAUUUUCUAUUUUCUGGACGAGAGAAAAGUAUGCUCCGCACAGAGUGAAACAAAUGAAAUCUGACUGAAAAUCGUGUUUCGUUGUGUUGGCUUUGAAUACGAUUGGUUAGCAAACCGAACAUCGAAGGAGGGAUCUCAGAUACACACACACACACACUCACCCACACAGCGACCAGUCCAUGUCCUCAAAAUGCAGAAGAAGCUGGCUCCCGAGCGACGUCCCUACUGCGAUCCUCGGCUGCAGGACGAUAAGUUGAGGAGAAGGAGAACGCUGCAUCUGCCAAGGGUUUCGCAGGCUCAGAAAAAGGGAGAAAAGCGGCAGCUGAACGACUGCCCCUUCUUCAACCUCAAAUAUGGCUUCGACCAGCUGCCCCUGGAUCCUGUUAAGGAGUUUCUACAGGAAAAGAUAUCCCACAUGCAGACGGACAAAAUUUUGGGCAGCUGCAACCGGGAGUUUGAUUUCCACACAUACGAUUUGGAUAACGUUAAAGAGUACUAUGAUGAGUGCGAUGAUGACAGCCUGCGGGAACUGCAACUGGAGGACAUCAUGAUGCCCGAGCAGUUCGAGAUGCUGCGCGAUGCCAAGGAUCAUACGUACAACUUUGAUUCCACGGCUUGUAAUCAAUUUCCCUGGAUUGACAAAUGGAUGACUGGCGUGCGACCCAGUGAACAGGAAAUCUACGAGAUGACCAGCCAGCUCCUGGAAAUCUACUGCAAUCGGAGAGUGCGAAUUUUCUAUCCGGGCUGUGGGACCAGUUCAUCCCUGUGGACAAAUCAGCUGAGGCGUCUCCACGGAUCACCUUCGGAGCUGAUUGGAGCCUACAGAACGCCCUCCGCUCGGCACAUGCGGGUGAACAACAUAAACCCACAAGUCAAAAAGGAGAAAUUCACGGCCGGCGAUCAUUAUGCAUUCCGAACGCCACAGGAAUGCCGCAACGAGUUAGUGAGAGUGGGCAAGAUAAUUGAUGAGCUACUCGAGCCCGUUGUAAAGGCAGCUGAACACAAUGUUGGCCACGGACUCAUUAAGUAUCCUGAUGCACCGAAUUGUAUGGAAAAAACGAGGAAAAUUCUCAAAUCAGUAGGCAUUCUCCAGAGUAAAAAAAAGAAAUGUUGUGUGGGAAAAAGUCGCAUUCAUCGCAAAGAUUUUGCUACCAAUGAAGAGUUUCUCCACUGUCUAAAGAAAAUGGAAGCCACCCACUUCCCGUACAUGCAACCUUUGCAACCGGUGGAUCCAGAUGACCAGAAAAGGCAGAUGCUGCUGAAAUACCAAGUGGAAGUGGCCAAGGCCGAGAAGAUUUUCCCUCUGAAGAUGCAGAAGCGAUACCAGUGUUUGCUGAAGAGUAUGUCCAUAGUGCAGCUGGCGACGUAUCCUUCACACCUCAUACGAAAGGCCUUUCGACGCAUCGAUCCACGGAGUGCCCUUCUCCAGGAUGCCUACCGAUUCAUACUAAAAGAGGAGAAAGAUUGGCCCAAACUGCCGCCAGAAGUUAUAUUAAUGGAUUAUCUGUUCGUGGGCGACCGUGGCGUGCGUCAGGAUGUGGCCAUCCUCAUCAUCGUGUGCCUCAUUGAUCUCCAGGAGGAUUUCCGGCACCAUGUCAAGCGCACCUUCUUGAACUACCUUUUAGCAUCCAAUAUGGAGAGAAAGCGUCUGCAGCUGGAGCCGGAACCGCCGGAAUUUCCCACCUUCACCAUAUAUCCGCCAGUUCCCUGGCGAUCCAAUCUCCUGAGGGCCAAGAGUCGUAUAGGCGAGGUUCUCAUGAUCACACAUCCCACUGUUCAGGCUCUGAAUAGAUUGUGGCAUGAUCUGUAUGAGGAUCUGGUGGUUGUGGAUCUCGCCCAGCUAUUACUGGCUCAAAGACCCCUGGAUGCGGACACUGUACAGGUUUUCAUCGAAAAGAGCUGUGCCGAUGUUCGCGAUUUACUUCUCAACGAUUGGCUGCCGCGUUGUGCUGACCUCAUGAACGAAAUGCGUGGCACUUGGAAGGAUAUGGUGCCCAUGUCUGGCAAAUAUGGCGGUCGGGCGGCCAUCCUCUUCCGCUGCAUCCACUCCGCCAUGUCGCGACACCUGAACAGCCUCAUUAGCAAAAGCAUCAACUACCUGUUCAAGGUGCUGUGUGCCUUCAAGGAGGGCAACCGCAUCGACAAGUACUCCAUGUUCGAUCCGAAGCUCAAGAGGAUUCCGCUGAUGACUCUGAUUGCCUCUGUGGUGGGGGCCCACUUCGAUCACGAGCCCAUCGACAUGGGUCCUGGAGUGCGACCCUCAGUCAAUAUAUAUGUGUAUGACGAGGACGAUGCGGAUCCUUUCCAGCAGCCACAAGCUAAUCAAUUUGCGGAGAAUUUUCCCGACAUUGAUGACGUGGCUCAGUUUGAGCUGGAUCACUCGAACAAGCUUUAUAUAUACCCCUAUAUGCAGGAAUUGCCACGACUUUUUACGGAGCAUUUCAAGAGUAUUCUGGCAGUGGGCUAUGACAUUCCCCGCCUUGAGUUUGUGAUGUCUGGCGGUGAACACGAGACCCAAGGUUUUCUGCAUUACAUAGAUGAAGAGCAUAGUGAUUUUCUGGAGCUCUGUGAUAAAGUCGAGCAAAUAGUCAAAGUCAACUGGCGUGGAGUGCAUGUGUACCUGAAGCCCAUCUACAAAUACUAUUUCGGCUUGUUCCAAAAGCUGAUCAUGCCCAUGGUGCAGAAGGUCUGGACAGAGAACAUCCUACCGGAACUUGGGGUUGUGCAGGAGCUGUUGAAAAAAUUGCAGGCCGUGAGCGAUACGACCUAUUAUCUGCGCGAUUUCAUUCCGCUCAACCUGUUCAUGCUGGAUAAUCGGCACGUGAAGCUUUCGCUGCGGAUGUAUGUGCGCGAAAUCUACGAUUUCAUAAUUGAUUUUUACAAAGCCCUCAAUUGGAACGAGAAUCGGGCCAUCUGCGAGGAGCUGGAGGAGAUGUCCAUGAAGGCCGGCGAACGGCCGGAGGAAACGCCCGAGGUGGUGGCCCUGCAGAAUUACAUCAACGAGUGCCGGGAGAUGCGCAUAUUCGCCAUCAAGGAUGAAAUCAAGAACGUGUUGAAGCGCGUCGUCUUCCUGCUGACACACACCUACCUGUCCAGCGAUGAACUCCACCUCAACUCGCGCACAUUCAUCCUGCCCGGGGAACUGGAGGAGGUCCUGGAUCUGAGUGCCGCCCGCUUGGCCGUGGUGCGUGAUAAUCUGGAGCUGGCCUUGCGGGAGCGGCGCAUGGAGUUCGAGAAGCUGCUGGCCCAGGAAAAGCGAACGAUGGACGGCUUUCGCAUCCGGGAAAUCCGGGAUGUGCUCACGCUGGAGGAGCUCAAGGAGCGGGUGGAUACGGUCGAUUUACUCUUCACCACCAUCGAGAAUCUCAGUCGUGAGGCCAAGGCAAUUAAUACAGAGGAGACUCUACUGCAAAUCGACGUCUCCGCAUUUCCUUUGCUAGCCGAGAUCAUCGAGAAAAUGGAGCCCAUCGAGAAGCUGUGGAAGACCUCGUACGAGUUCGAGAAGGAUUAUCUCAUUUGGAUGUUCGAGCGAUUCGAAUGCCUUAAUGCGGAUGGCGUGCGGGAGCAAGUGGAGAAUAUGCACAAGAUAAUGUACAAGUUGUCCCGUCAGUUGGCCUACAAUCCAGUGGCCAAAAGAGCUGCCGAGCAAAUGCGCAUGAAGAUUGAGAAGUUCCGUGUGUAUCUGCCAGUUCUGGACUCCAUUUGUCGCCAUGGAUUGGAGAAGCGGCAUUGGGAUCAGAUCUCGAAGAUCCUGGGUCGCAAGGUCAACCCCAAGCUGUUCCCCACCCUCAAGGACAUGAUCGAUGUGGACAUCAUGAGCAUCCUGCCGCAGUUGGAGGAGAUAGCCAAUGCCGCUGGCAAGGAAUACGAUCUGAACAAUGGACUGAGGAUCAUGCAGGCGGACUGGAAGGACGUGAUGUUCGAGGUGCUGCAGUACCGCGACUCGGACACGCACAUCCUGGCCAGCCUGGAUGAUAUUCAGACGCUCCUAGACGAUCACAUAAUGCGAACGCAGGCCAUGAAGCGAUCGCCCUUCAUCACGGCACUCGGUUCCAAAGCGGAUGACUGGGAGGCACGGCUUCUCCUCAUCCAGAAUAUCAUCGAUGCCUGGACACAGGUGCAGAUCACCUGGAUGUACCUGGAGCCGAUCUUCAGCAGCGAGGACAUCAUGCGGCAAAUGCCGCUCGAGGGUCGAAACUUCAAGGCGGUGGACAAGUUGUGGCGUAAGAUCAUGAAGAACACCCUGAAGGAUCGUCAUGUGAUGGCAGCCACUGAAUAUCCGGACAUGUUGGAGGUCUUCACAAAGGCCAUCGAGGAUUUGGAAACGGUGACCAAGGGUCUGAACACAUAUCUGGAGCAGAAGCGUCUCUUCUUUGCGCGUUUCUUCUUUUUAUCCAAUGACGAGCUGUUGGAGAUUCUGUCGGAGACCAAAGAUCCAAUGCGAGUGCAGCCCCACUUGAGGAAGUGUUUUGAAGGAAUUGGCAGUCUGACCUUUGACGACAACAUGGAGAUCAUCGAGAUGGUUAGUGACGAAGAGGAGCGUGUGGCCCUGGUGCGCAAAAUUAACCCGCAGUUGGCCAAUGGUCUGGUGGAGAUGUGGCUCAAGGAGGUGGAGAUGGUGAUGCUGGACAGCGUGAAGGAGCAGAUGCGCGAGGCCUGGGAGGACUACGCCAUGGUGGAGCGCAUCUCCUGGGUGGUCAGUUGGCCCGGCCAGGUGGUGCAGGGCAUCUCCUGCAUGGCCUGGACCUACGAGGUGGAGGAGGCCAUCGAGACGAAGGAGCUGCCGGCUUAUUUGGAGAAGUCCAAUCUACAGAUUGCCGACCUGGUGCAAUUGGUGCGCACGGAUCUGCAAGCUGGAGUCCGGAUUGCCGUCGAGGCACUGAUUGUCCUGGAUGUGCACGACCGCGAUGUGGUAAAAUACCUGACAGAUUGCAAGGUCUCCAACAUACAGGACUUUGAUUGGAUUUCCCAGCUGCGUUACUACUGGAAGGUCAACGACAAAAACGAGGAUUGGGUGUGCGUUAGCAUGGUGGUCACAGAUGUUGAAUAUGGCAUGGAAUACCUGGGGAAUCUGCCUCGUUUGGUGGUGACUCCCCUCACAGAUCGCUGCUACCGCACAUUGAUGGGCGCCCUGAAGUUGUGUUUGGGCGGAGCUCCCGAAGGACCUGCGGGAACGGGAAAGACCGAGACCUGCAAGGAUCUGGCCAAGGCGGUGGCCAAGAAGUGCGUCGUCUUCAACUGCUCCGACGGACUGGACUACAAGGCGCUGGGCAAGUUCUUCAAGGGCUUGGCACAAUCGGGCGCUUGGGCCUGCUUCGACGAGUUCAAUCGCAUCGAGCUGGAGGUGCUCUCCGUGGUGGCCCAACAGAUACUGACCAUCCAGCGGGCUAUUGGACGCAAGGUUGUGAAAUUCUUUUUCGAGGAUACCAUGCUCAAACUGGAUCCGACUUGUUCCAUAUUCAUAACCAUGAAUCCCGGCUACGCCGGGAGAACGGAGCUGCCGGACAAUCUGAAGGUCCUCUUCCGCACGGUGGCCAUGAUGGUGCCGGACUACGCCAUGAUUGGCGAGAUCACCCUGUACUCCAACGGAUUCGACAUGGCCAGGAACCUCUCCCAGAAAAUAGUGCAGGCCUAUAAGCUGUGCUCCGAGCAGCUGUCUUCGCAGUCCCAUUACGAUUACGGAAUGCGCGCCGUAAAGUCGGUCCUGUUGGCCUCCGCCUCCCUGCGAAGGCUCUACACUGACCUGCCGGAGCCGGAGAUUGUCCUGCGUGCCAUCGUCGAUGUCAAUUUGCCAAAAUUCCUCGAGCAGGACAUCUCCCUCUUCAUAGGCAUCUACAUGGAUCUGUUCCCCGGCGUUGAGCUUCCCAUGCCGCAACGUGGCGACAUCCUCAAGUGGCUGCACAUCAACCUGGCGGAUCGGAAUCUGCAGGCGACGCCCUGGUAUUUGGAGAAAAUUCUGCAAAUAUACGAGAUGCUGCUUGUGCGGCACGGCCUGAUGAUUGUGGGCGGCUCGAUGGGCGGAAAGACCACUGCCUACCAGGUUUUAGCCCAGACGUUGCGAAACGUUUCCAACGACGAGGAGGCGACGCUGAAGGAGUUCCCGGUCACGUUCCGCAUCAUCAACCCGAAAGCCAUCACGAUGGGCCAACUGUACGGCCGUUUCGAUCCGGUUUCCCACGAGUGGUACGACGGAGUGCUGGCCAAAACAUUCCGGGAGCAGGUGCAACUGCCCAAAGGGGAAAGGGGAUGGGUGAUGUUCGACGGACCCGUGGACGCGGUGUGGAUCGAGAAUCUGAACACCGUGCUGGACGACAACAAGAAGCUCUGCCUGAUGUCCGGCGAGAUAAUGCAGAUGACCAAGCUGAUGAACAUGAUGUUCGAGCCGGCGGACUUGGAGCAGGCAUCGCCGGCCACCGUGUCGCGGUGUGGCAUGAUCUACAUGGAGCCAUCGCAACUGGGAUGGCGGGCGCUGCACAAGAGUUUCAUCAAUGUCCUGGUGAACAAGGUGGGCCUGAACGAGAUCUACAUGACGUUGUUCGAGGACAUGACGGAGUGGCUGGUUCCAGCUGCCUUGGAGUUCCUGCCGCAGUGCAAACAAAUGCUGGAACUGUCGCCCAUCUAUCAGUACCAGACAUUCUCCCGCUUCUUUCUGCAUUUCCUUGAGAAGCACAAGAUGUUCAAUCAGACCUGGUUCCAGCAGAUGUUCCUCUUCUGCUUCGCCUGGGCCUAUGGUUCUGCCCUCACUGGCCAGGGUCAGCGUACUUUCGAUACAAUGCUGCGUAAGGUGAUCUAUGGAUCCAACGAAAACUACCCGAAACCCAAGUACUUCUCCCUGAAUCGCGGUCAAAUGUUUCCCGAGAAGCUGCUGUUCCUGGACUACCGAUUCGAUGAGGCGGAGAACUGGUGGACCUGGCAGAAGAGCGAUGACAGCUCGGGCACUACGGCAACCUUUCCCGAGAAUGCUCAGAUCAGCGAACUGAUUGUGCCCACUAAGGAAACGGGUUAUAUUUCGUAUUGGCAGGACUUUUGCAUCUCGAAAUCAUACGCCAUGUUGGUCGUAGGACCUACGGGCACGGGAAAGAGUGCCAUCAUCACCAGUAACCUGCUGGCCAUGCCCAAGUUCGCCAAUUUGGUUAAUGUCAUCAACUUUUCGGCUCGAACCUCGGCUCAAAUGGUCCAGGAAACCAUCAUGAGCAAGUUGGACAGGAGGCGCAAGGGCGUCUUUGGACCCUCUUUAGGCAAAAAGUGCACUGUUUUCUGCGAUGAUGUGGCCAUGCCCUCAAAGGACACCUACGGCUCGCAGGCACCUUUGGAGUUGCUCCGCACUUGGCUGGAUCAUGGAUAUUGGUCGGACCUGGUGGACACCACCAAAAUCGAGCUGGUUGACAUGACUCUGAUGUGCGCCAUGGGCACUUUGGGUGGCAGUAACUUCAUUUUCCCGCGUCUCUAUCGCCACAUGUUCGUGGUGGCCGUCGAUUCCUUUGAGGACUCCACCAUCAUACGGAUAUUCACAACGAUUGGUGAUUGGCAUUUUUCCAAGGGCUAUCCGGAAAAGGUGGCUCUCCUAUCCCGCGGCUUAUCGGAGGCCAUGGUCAGUGUGUACCGUGAGGCGAUUCGCAGCUUUCUUCCCACUCCAGCCAAGUCGCACUACUCCUUCUCCCUGCGCGACAUCACCCGCGUCUUCCAGGGCAUCGUGAUGGUGCCACCCAAAAGGAUGCCCGAUCCCGAGAAGCUGGGUCGCCUGUGGGCCCACGAAACCUAUCGCGUUUUCUACGACCGUUUGGUGGACCAGCGGGAUCGAGAUCGUCUGCUCCUGAUGGCCGUGGAUGCCUGCAAGUCUAAUUUGAGAUUCCCGUUGGAGCAGGCCUUUGGCGAUCGCAUCGAACCGGGCGAAAAACUCACGGAUAAUGACCUCCGCAAUCUCUUCUACGGCAACUACAUGGAACCUGAUGCCGAGCCCAAGUUCUAUGAUGAGGGCGAUACCUACGAGAAGCUGGAGAAGCUGAUGAAGUACUAUCUCAGGGAGUACAAUUCCUUUUCGAGCUCACCCAUGGAUCUGGUCAUGUUCCGAUUUGCCAUCGAACAUGUAAGCAGAGUUUCCCGGGUGCUGCAGAUGCCUCGUGGCAACAUCCUGAUGGUGGGCAUGGGCGGAUCAGGACGCAGGAGCUCCUGUCGCCUGGCCGCCUACAUAGCCGACUGCCGACUGAUGACGGUGCAGGUGUCCAAGAGCUAUACGCUUACAGAUUGGCGCGACGACCUGAAGAAGAUACUGAUGUCGGCCAGUUUCAAUCUGAACCACACCGUAUUUCUCUUCUCCGACGCACAGGCUACGGAUGAGGGCUACGUGGAGGAUAUCAAUGGCAUACUUAAUACCGGUGAUUUGCCCAAUCUCUAUCAGCUGGAGGACAAGGCAACCAUCAUGGAGAACAUGGCCAAUGUGGCCAAGCAAUUGGGCAAAGUUCUGGACACACUGCCCAGUGAGGUGUAUGCCUUCUAUAUCGACCGCAUUCGAGAGCAGUUGCACGUCGCUCUGGCCUUCUCGCCCAUCGGCGAAUCCUUCAAGGAGCGCAUUCGGGUGUAUCCCUCCCUGAUUAACUGCUGCACCAUCGAUUGGUACAUGCCCUGGCCGGAGGAGGCCUUGUCCCGAGUGGGCACCUACUUCGUCACCUCGAUGAAUUUGAAUCGCCCGCAUGGAGAGGAGCCACAGGAGCAGCUGCAGGCUCAGGCCAAGGAUCCCGCAGAUCCCGAGCAGGAGGAAGUGCGUCGCGAAACAAUCGCCGGCGAUCGGGAGCUGAGCCGACUGGAGGAGGACCUGGUCGACUGCGUCAUGUACUUUCAUCAGUCCGUGGUGGAUGCCAGUGAAAAGUGUUACCUGGAACUGAACCGCCGGAAUUAUGUGACCCCAUCUGCUUACUUGGAGCUUCUGAAGGCCUUUCGCACUUUCUACACCCGAAAGCUGGACGAGAUUACCCGGCUGAGAGAUCGCUAUACCACCGGUCUGGAGAAACUGGACUUUGCCGCCGGUCAGGUGGGCGAAAUGCAGACCAACCUGUACGAUUUGCAGCCCAAACUGAAGGUGCUUUCCGAGGAAACGGAUCGCAUCAUGGUAAAUAUCGAAAGGGAAACGGCGGAGGCGGAGAAAAAGAAGGAGGUGGUGGGUGCGGAUGAGGCGGCGGCCAACGAAGCCGCUGCUGCGGCACAGGCCAUCAAGGAUGAUUGCGAGACCGAUCUGGCCGAGGCCAUUCCCGCCAUGGAGGCGGCCUUGGAGGCCCUGAACACCCUGAAGCCAGCGGACAUCUUCAUAGUGAAGUCCAUGAAGAAUCCACCGUAUGGCGUGAAGUUAACCAUGGAGGCUGUUUGCGUGAUCAGGGGCAUUAAGCCGGAUCGCAAGCCUGAUCCCAGUGGACACAUGGUGGAGGACUACUGGGGACCCUCCAUGCGCAUGCUCAGCGACAUGAAGUUCCUCGACUCCCUGAAAACCUUCGACAAGGACAACAUUCCACCGCCAAUAAUCAAGCGGAUACGCGAGAAGUACAUUGCAGAUCGUGACUUUGUGCCGGAGAAAAUCAAGGCGGCCUCCAUGGCCUGCGAGGGCAUCUGUCGAUGGGUCCGAGCCAUGGACGUAUACGACAAGGUGGCCCGCAUUGUGAUGCCCAAGAAGGCGGCCUUGGCCGAGGCCGAGGGAGAGCUUUCCCAGCAAAUGGAGAAGCUGAAUGCCAAGCGGGCCGAACUGCAGGUUAUUCUGGAUAAGUUGCAAAAACUCAACGAUUUCUUUGCGGAAAAAUCGCGGGAAAAGAAGCGACUGGAGGAUGAAAUCGACAACUGCGAGAAGAAGUUGAACCGAGCUGAAAAGCUGCUGGGUGGCUUGGGUGGCGAGAAAACGCGCUGGUCGGAGGCGGCCAAGAAUCUUCACGAAUCCAUUAGCAACAUUGUGGGCGAUGUGCUGUUGGCCGGCGGAUGCACCGCUUACCUGGGCUAUUUUACCACGGAGUACCGUGUCAAUAUUUUGGAUGACUGGAAUGCCCUGUGUCUGCGCAAACACAUUCCCAGCAGUGAAACCUUUUCGCUGGCCACCACUUUGGGUCAUCCCAUGACCAUUAGAGCCUGGUCUUUAGCUGGAUUGCCAGCCGACAACUUUUCGGUGGAAAACGGCAUCAUAGUGACCAACUCCAGUCGUUAUUCUCUACUUAUCGAUCCGCAGGUGCAAGCCAACAAAUGGAUCAAGAACAUGGAGAAGAAUAAUAAUCUUAAAGUCAUCAAGCAGAGCGAUGCCAAUUAUAUGCAGGUUCUAGAGUUGGCCAUCACAUAUGGUCAGCCCGUGCUCAUCGAGAAUGUGGGUGAAAAACUCGACUCGAAUCUCACGCCCAUUCUGGAGAAGAACAUCAUCAAGCACAAGGGCGGUCUGUUUAUCAAGAGCGGCGACCAAAUGAUAGAAUACAAUCCCAACUUUCGUCUUUACAUAACGACCUGUCUCCGCAAUCCGCGUUAUCCGCCGGAAGUGAUGGUUAUGGUAACAGUAUUAAAUUUCAUGAUAACGGAACAGGGAUUACGCGAACAAUUGCUGGCGAUUGUGGUGGCUCACGAGCGUCCCGAUUUGCAAGAGAAGAAGGAACAAUUGAUUAUUGAGUCCGCAAGGAAUCGUGAUGCAUUGUACACCAUCGAAUCGAAGAUAUUAGAGGUUUUGUCCACCUCAGAGGGCAAUGUGCUGGAGGACGAGAACGCCAUCAACAUUCUUUCGUCCAGUAAAAUUCUUUCAGAGGACAUUCAGGAGAAGCAGGUCAUUGCGGUGGCCACUGAAAUCGAGAUCGAUGCCGCCCGUCAGCAGUAUAUUCCGGUGUCCAAGCACUCGGCCAUCUUGUUCUUCUGCAUCAGCGAAUUGGCCAACGUGGAUCCCAUGUAUCAGUAUUCACUCUCCUGGUUCCUCAAUCUCUUUGUCAACACGAUCCUGAAGGCACCGAAGUCCGAUAAUCUGAGUGAGCGAUUGAAGAACCUGAAUGACUACUUCACCAAGUCCAUCUACACGAAUGUGUGUCGAUCGCUGUUCGAGAAGGACAAGUUGGUCAUCUCGCUGGUCAUGUGUCUGGGCAUCCUCGUUUCACAGGGUCGAGUGGAGAAGGCGGCCCUGCUCUUCUUUCUCACGGGCGGAAUUGGUUACAAGAGCAUUCCGGCGAAUCCCUUGGCAUCAUGGCUUCCGGAGAAAUCAUGGGCGGCUGUCUGCAGGUCCGCCGAUCUGGAAGGCCUCAAGAACCUGCCCCAGAUGAUGGAGUCGAAUGCGGAUGCGUGGCACAAGUUCUACGACGCCAGCAAUCCCGACCAGCUGCCGCUGCCGGCGCCGCUCAAUACGGUGACCGAUAUGUAUUUCCUGAUCGUCAUUAAGGCUCUGCGUCCGGACAAACUGGUGCCCGCCGUAAGGGCUUUCAUUACGCGCAACCUGGACCGCUCGUUUGUGGAGCCGCCACCCUUCGAUUUGGCGGCCUCGUUCGCGGACAGCUCGCCCAAAAUUCCGCUGGUGUUCCUGCUCUCGGCCGGAUCGGAUCCCAUGGCCAGUCUCUUCAUGUUCGCCAAACAACGCAACAUGUACGACAAAUUGAAAACCAUCUCGCUGGGUCAGGGCCAGGGUCCGCGGGCGGAGAAGAUGAUUGCGGAGGCGGCGCGACAUGGCCAGUGGGUGGUGCUGCAGAACUGUCACGUGGCCAUCAGCUGGAUGGGCGACCUGGAGAGGAUUUGCAACGACACCACAUUGACGGAUGGCGCCAGCCACGACUACCGACUGUGGUGCACCUCAUAUCCCAGUGCCGUCUUCCCCGUUUCGGUGCUCCAGAAUUCCGUGAAGAUGACCAACGAACCGCCCAAGGGAUUGAGGGCCAACAUGCAUCGCUCCUUCACCUCGGAUCCGCUGAUGCGGGACAAGUUCUUCACCAACGCAUUCCUCUUCUCGGACAGCGCAAACAAGUGCUGGCUUAGGGGCGUCUUCGCCUUGGUCUUCUUCCAUGCUGUCGUCCAGGAGCGGCGCGAGUUCGGACCCCUCGGCUGGAACAUACCCUACGAGUUCAAUGAGUCCGAUUUGAAAAUUUCCCUCUUGCAACUGAAGAUGUUUAUCAACCAAAGUCAGAGUAUUCCCUUCCGUGGACAUGUGUAUUUGACGGGGGAAUGCAACUACGGAGGUCGAGUCACCGAUGACAAAGAUCGUCGUCUUAUAUUAUCGCUGCUAAACAUGAUAUACAAUCCCAAUACCAUAGAAGUGGAUAACUAUGCUUUGUCUCAAUCUGGAAAUUAUCUGGUGCCCUUGAGUCCCACGCGCUUAAACUCCAUAGAGUAUGUGUCCAGUUUUCCAUUGAGUCCACAUCCGGAGGUUUAUGGAUUGCAUGAAAAUGCGGACAUUAAUCGCAAUGUCAAGGAAACCAAUGCUCUCAUCAGUGGCGUUCUGCUGACCCAGACCGAUCUGAUGGCCUCGGUGAAGGCCAGUUCCACGGCCGGAGCAAAAGAAGACCCGGCCAUAGCCAUUUGCAAGCAGGUGCUGAGCCAGCUGCCCGAGGAGUUCGACAUCGACGCGGUCUCCAAGUCGUAUCCCGUGGUCUAUACCAAUUCGAUGAACACCGUGCUGCGGCAGGAGCUGAUUCGCUUCAACCGCCUGCUCUCGUACAUCCGCAAGAGCCUGGUCAACGUGGGCAAGGCGGUGGUGGGCCAGAUUGCCAUGAUACCCGAGCUGGAGCGCACACACGCCUCGAUGGUCAUUGGCAAGUUGCCGGCGGACUGGCUGAAGAAAAGCUAUCCGUCGCUGAAGCCUUUGGGCAGCUACGUGAGCGACCUUCUGGCCCGACUGUCCUUCUUCCAGGAUUGGAUAGACAACGGCGAGCCGAUGGUUUAUUGGAUAUCUGGCUUCUACUUCACCCAGUCCUUCAUCACGGGCGUCUUGCAGAAUUACUCGCGCAAGAAUCGCUUCCAAAUCGACAUGAUCUUGAUCGAGUUUGCGGUAACCAAGUUCGAGGUACAGGUCCCUGGGACUCCCGAAAUCGGGGCCUACAUCCGGGGCAUCUUCAUUGAGGGCGCUCGCUGGAAUCGCAAGAACAAGGAGGUGGACGAGUCCUUUUCGAAGAUCCUGUUCGACACGCUGCCAGUUAUCUACCUGCGUCCCGUGCUGAAGGCCCUGGAGGACUUGCCGCGAUCCACCGGCGGCGCUGAGCCGGAGUCCAUCUACGAUUGCCCCGUUUACAAGACCAGCGAACGGCGGGGCGUGCUGUCCACCACCGGGCAUUCGACCAAUUUCGUGAUGUACCUGCAGCUGCGGUGCUCCCGGAAACCGAUGCACUGGAUUAACCGCGGCACGGCCUGCCUCUGCCAGCUGGACGACUGAGGGGGGAGUGGGGAAGGGAUUGGGUCAGGUGGCGGUACCGAAACUGUGCCUACUUUCGUUUUUUAUCGGACACCAAGGACCGCCACAUAUAUUUUGAUAUCGUUCCGUUUGAUUCCGCAUCCCAGGAAGCCCCAAAAGCGAAGUGUCCCAUUUGUUUUGUUGGUCCCCGUUUUCCGGAUCUGGAGGCAGUGAUGAUGCUGAUUGCCAGAUAUGAAUUAAAUAUGCACAGUACUGUACGUCUGUCUGGCUGAAUGUAUAUUUUUUAUGUGCGCCAUUUACAAAUGAAUAAACGAAAGAACAAAGCCCCCAACGCUGUGUGAAUAUAUUUGAAAUUGAGCUUUGUUCUUUUGUUUUUUUCGACCAGGAAAUAAAGUUAAUGAAAGAAAAAUUUCGGUGUUUCGUGCGCAUUUUAAAUCUGAAUUACAAGAACGUUUCGCUUGUGGAGCUCAACAGGAUGUAAUACACGAAUGAGUUAACGUUAACCAAUCGAAGGCAAUUCAGAAUUAUAAAAAGCACAUUCCAUUCUAUUCUUAUAACCAAUCUACAUAUCCAAGCCACUCGACCAUCGUUAAGAGGUGCUCCAUCAUCGCCAGAAUGGACUCCUCCAAAGCAACGACCGCUGUGAGUGGGAGAUUGCCAAGCCAUUUCGGCUUAUCCGCGAGAUUUAUGGCCUGCCUGAUGCUCAACUGGAGCAUCCACGCCAUUUAAAUUUGAAAUUGUAAAUUAAAAAAUUGAAAAAUGGAAAAGUCGAGCUGCGAACUCUUAAAUCAUGCCGCUAUUAAUAGCCGCCUAAUGGAGCGUGGCGAGCGGCGAAAGAGCCGAAAAUAGCAGCACUCAUGUCCAUCAAGAGCGUAUCAAUCGAGAUGGCAUGGCUUGGCUUAUACUUUUGGCCUUAAGCUUCUCGAUCGAGAGCCGCCAAAAAUACAUCGGACUCCAUAGAAAAUACAUCGACUUGGCGACUUCCGCUUGCAAUUACCAAUGGUAAUGGAUUGUCACAAACGUAUCCGAUCUAUUCAGGCCCCAAACCGAGAUGCAAAUAAUCGAGACAAUCGAAGAGCCCUCGACUAUUGUUCCACCUGCCUACGUUUCGGUCUUUGUUUACUUUCGUUUUGUCUUCUGGCCAGCCAGAGUUCAAUUGGUGCUUGAGACACUUUUUGACAAUAGCAACUAUCGUAGACAAUCCAAGUCCGAGCUCAGAAGAAGAUGCGGUAGUUCGACAACCGGUUUCUCCAUACGAUCAUCGUAGCUCAUCUCAACUCAGCUCAGCUCAUCGCAU